AUGAAAUGAAAAGAAAAGAAGCAAACGAGGGCGGAGGCGGCUUUUCUGCCUCCAUGUGGGUUCGUGGGGCUUCCGCCCGAAGCAGAUGUUGUCCUUGUUCCCAUCGAUCGCCAUGGUUUCCUCCUACUCCUCAUCGACGUUGGAAGAGCCCCGGAUCUGCGAUCCCUCGGCGAUGGAGGCAGCGGCCCGGGUUUCGGGGACGGUGGCGGUGGCCGCAUGUGCGGCCAUGGCGUUCUUCUACGUCGCGAUCCUCUACUCCCCGACCCUGAUCCUUCGCCUCCCUCCACCGGCAUCGCUCGAUAGCUUCAUGAUCCGGCGGUUCGCCUGCGCGGCUGUCUCCUCCGCCGCCUCUGUGCUUGCCUGCGGCCUCCUCCUCGGACUCGGGAAACUUGACGAUUUGCCAUCUAUCCUCGGUGUUCUAGGUAUCAGGAGAGAUCACUUGUGGCAAGCUGUGACCUUUCCUCUGCUACUGACAUCCUUCCUGUAUGCCGGGUCAUUCGUGUCGAGGUCAUGGAAGCUGAUUAGUGCAUCAACAGAAAGGAGCGAAAAUUCUUACGGGGAAGAUGGAAUCUGUGGACAAGGGUGUACAGAUUGGGUGUGUGCAUAUGCCCGAAAUGUGAUGGCUUGGCGUAAUUAUGUGGUGGCACCAUUUACUGAAGAGCUUGUUUUCAGGGCCUGUAUGAUACCACUGCUCCUUUGUGGAGGAUUUGGAACUAGCAGUAUCAUAUUUUUCAGUCCGGUUUUCUUCAGUUUAGCACACUUAAAUCAUUUUUUGGAGCUCUACUACCAGCAAAGAUACAGAUUUAUGAAGGCUUUCCUGAUUGUAGGCUUCCAGCUUGGUUAUACUGUGAUAUUUGGGUGGUAUGCGUCUUUUCUCUUCAUUCAAACAGGGAACUUAAUAUCUCCUAUUGUGGCCCAUGUUUUUUGUAAUGUGAUGGGUCUGCCAUUGUUGUCAUCUCCAAGGACAAAAGGGACAACAACUGUAGCUGCUGCAGCUGGUGUGGUCAGUUUCUUAUAUCUUCUAUUUCCAGCCACACGACCAGGACUGUACAAUGAUAUGAGAGAAGGCUGUAGCUGUUGGCACCGAUAUUGUAGUUGGAGUUGGUACUGAAGUUGGAUGGUAGCAACAGAAGAAAGUCACAACACGAUAGAGAAGCUCAAGAGCCCUCAUCGACUUGAAUCAGACAGCAGGAAAGUUGUUUCCUUUUGGUUUUUACUUCUGUUAAUGAAAAUUUAGUGUUUUUUAGGUAUGUUUGUUUUACAUGUAUUCUACAUUGUUUUUCCUGAUAUUGAUUCCUGUCCAAUUCCUAUGCUACAUGGUAUGACUGGGUUAAUAAUGAUCUUCAUUCAAAAAAGCAUCUUAGGUUAAAUCCCCUUUCUUUAAGUACUUCCCCUGAAUGAAUCGUUGUUUGAACAAUCAUGUUAGUGGUAGUUAAUGGGAAUAACUGUAAGCAAGAUAAAGCAGUAAAUAAUUCAACUAAAAUUUUAAAUUGAACAACCAUCCUUUUGUUGCUAUGUCACUUCUAUUAAUGUCGAGUAUGCUCAUUUUUUGAAUUGUUUUUGCACAAUAUGUUAUUGAUACUUUGCAGAUUAUGCUAUUGUCUUAAUCUAGAAUGCUAUCAUAUGGUAACUACUACCUGAAGACAUAGACAAUCUAACAUUGCUCAAUAGAAGGUAGGAGACCAGGAAAAAAAAAUGGUAUUGUUAAAUAAGUUGAUUUUUCCUACCAAAGUGAUAACCUUUUGGGUUGUGGGUCUUCGAUAAAACAAGAUAAGAAGAAGAAGAAGA